GUUGCCGCUGCCGGCCGUCUACACUAGGUAGAGACUGCAGAGGUCAAAACAUUUUAACCAUCCGCGAUUCUUCCCACUCUUAUUUUCUUCCUUCUCCCAAACCACUUUUUCAAUUGACUCUCUUUUGAACACAAUUUCCCAAGAUAUCUCUGUAGAAACGCAAUCAUGGGAUACACUGAGAAAGACUGGCUCGCCAUUAACACCAUCCGUGUUCUUGCUGUUGAUGCCACCUUCAAAUCCAACUCGGGCCACCCUGGCGCGCCCAUGGGUAUGGCACCGGUUGCCCACGUUCUCUUCAACAAAUUCAUGAAGUUUAACCCCAAGAACCCGAAAUGGUUAAACCGCGAUAGAUUCGUGCUUUCUAAUGGGCACGGAUGCAUGCUCCAAUAUGCUCUUCUCCACCUUUUUGGAUACGCUGUAUCUAUGGACGACCUUAAGGCGUUCCGAACUGUUGACAGCAUCACCCCCGGACAUCCCGAGGCUCAUGAUACCCCCGGUGUCGAAGUUACCACUGGCCCUCUUGGCCAGGGUAUCUCCAACGCUGUCGGUCUUGCGAUUGCUCAGGCCCAAACAGCAGCCACCUUCAACAAGGAUGGCUUCCCUAUCGUCGACAACUACACCUACUGCUUCUUGGGUGAUGGCUGCUUGAUGGAGGGUGUUUCCAGCGAGGCGAGCUCUUUGGCUGGCCACUUGCAGCUGGGUAACCUGAUCGCUAUUUACGAUGACAACCAGAUCACUAUCGACGGUGACACUGCCUGUGCCUUCACUGAGGAUGUCGUCAAGCGGUACGAGUCGUACGGCUGGCACGUUGAGGUUGUCAGUGAUGGUGACCACGAUCUCGACGGUAUCGAGAAGGCCAUUCAAAAGGCUAAGGAAGUCAAGGACAAGCCUACCCUAAUCAAGCUUAAGACCACCAUUGGGUUUGGCUCUUUGCAACAAGGUACCCACGGCGUUCACGGUUCCCCCCUGAAGGCUGAUGAUAUCAAGCAGCUCAAGCAGAAGUUUGGCUUCAACCCUGAGCAAUCCUUUGUCGUUCCACAAGAGGUUUAUGACCAAUAUGGCAAGAAGGCAGCUGAGGGUGCCGCUCUCGAAGAGGAGUGGAACAAGUUGUUCGCAAGCUAUGCUACCAAAUACAAGGCUGAGCACGACGACCUCGCUCGCCGUCUUAGCGGAAAACUUCCCGAAGGCUGGGAGACGAGCCUUCCAGUCUACACCCCCAAGGAUGCUGCCGUUGCAUCUCGAAAACUCUCCGAGAUUGUCCUCUCCAAGGUUGAGGGUAUCAUUCCCGAGCUCAUCGGUGGCUCUGCCGAUUUGACAGGAUCUAACUUGACUAGGUGGAAGGGUGCUACUGACUUCCAACCCCCUUCGACCAAGCUUGGUGACUACGCUGGCCGAUACAUCCGAUAUGGUGUCCGUGAGCAUGGUAUGGGUGCUAUAAUGAACGGUAUUGCGGCAUAUGGUACACUUAUCCCCUUCGGUGGUACUUUCCUAAACUUCGUCUCGUAUGGCGCUGGCGCCGUUCGUCUAUCUUCGCUAUCUCAGGCCCGCGUUAUCUGGGUUGCUACCCACGACUCCAUCGGUCUCGGAGAAGAUGGCCCUACCCAUCAACCUAUCGAGACCCUUGCUCACUUCCGCGCUCUGCCUAACAUGAUGGUCUGGCGACCGGCCGACGGUAACGAGACCAGCAGCGCCUACUACGUUGCUUUGACUUCUAAGCACACCCCUAGCAUCAUCGCGCUGUCACGACAGAACCUACCUCAGCUCGAGGGAUCGACCAUUGAGAAGGCGAACAAGGGUGGUUACGUCUUACACGAUGUCGAAAACGCCGACAUCACUCUUGUCUCGACAGGUUCGGAGGUCUGCAUUUGCGUUGACGCUGUCAAGUACCUCCAAGAGAAGCACGGCCUUAAGGCACGUGUCGUCUCCAUUCCUUGCUUCGAGGUCUUCGAUUCGCAAUCCAAGGAGUACAGACUUAGCGUUCUCCCCGACGGCAUUCCAUCUCUGUCCGUCGAAGUCAUGAGCACAAUGGGUUGGGAGAGAUAUACCCAUGAGCAGUUUGGUUUGAACAGAUUCGGUGCCUCCGGUGCUUACAAGGACGUCUACAAGAAGUUCGAGUUUACCCCCGAGGGUAUUGCGAAGAGGGCUGUGGCUACCGUUGAGUUCUGGAAGGGCGUUCCCAACAUCCGUUCGCCCAUCAACCGUGCAUUCCAGCAGCUUAUUUAAAAAUAGAGGAGCGAUGAAGACUUUUGGGAUGAUUCCAAGUUAGCUGGCGCAAUGAAUAAGAUGGUUAUCGCGGACAUAUAGACUUGCGAGCCAGAAUAGUUUGAGACCAGAUAGCAAUAAAUGCAGUGAAAUUUUAACAACAAAA